GCUGAUUGACAGUUGGCGAACGACUGCGGACGGCGCAGGAUCUAAAACCGCGCUAGGCGCUGCUCUCCACGCUCGCUCGCUCCGCUCUUCUCUUACCCGUGGAUCUACCCGGUGCUUUUUCGUGGGGGAAGAACUCGAAACACGCAUAUUCCCGUGGCUGCCUUUGCCCGCCGGCCCGCGCGCAACAUAUACACCAACCUUCCACCUUCUGUCCGCCGGAGUUACGAGUGGCACACGCAGUAGUAGUUACGGUUAGGGAGGAGGGUCGGCCGCCGUCUCGCGGACAGCUCUCUCGCGCGUCACCUCUUCUCACUCCUCUGCGUGACCGGUUCGUUCGUUCGUUGGUUCGUUCGUUCAGUAAUCGCCGCGAGGAGGAACGCGCUUCUUCUUCCGCCGCGACUCCGUCGACGACGCGUUCCGCCGUUUUCCACAUCGUCGCGUGGAGAAUAUUCGCUAGUUCGGACGCGAACGGCUCGGUGUGUCUAUCGUGUACCACGUAAAAAACGGCAACCUCGGGCAACUAUCGGCGCGCGACAGACGACGUACAACGAAAGAGAGGAAGAGAAAGAGAGAGAGAGAGAGAGAGAGAGAUAUCGUGGCGGCAACGUCGCCGCCUCUCCGACGCUCGACUUUUCGUUCGCUUCGCGCGUAUUACACGCGCCGACGAACGAAUCGCACACGGAUCCUCGGAUUUAACCGCAGUGGACUGUUGUUUGCCGUGCCUGUGUGGCUGAAUACUCGGGACCCCUGUGUUGCUCCCUGGCCGAUCCAUCCAUCGUAGUCUCUACGUCGUCAUCUUCAUCGUCAUCGUUAUCCUCAUCCUCGUCGUCAUCGUCACCGUUAUCGUCAUCGACGACGAGAUACCGUCUGUCCGGCUGCGUCGCACACGGUGCACGAGUCGCGGAGCCGCAGUGUGUCGCGCGCGCGAGCAACGGCCACGCGAGUAUAAUCGGCCAUCCGUCUGUGCUCCGCUCCAUUUCCACCGUCUGUCUUCGAGUGGAACGAUACGUUACGACGGCACCUUUGACUUGGCGCCAAUACUUGACGGGUGCAUCGGGCGAAGGAUGUAAACGUGUUUUUCCACAGUGACAUACAUACACGCGAAUCGCUGCGGUGUUUACGCGUGUCGUUGGUUGCUUGAUUCGUUCUGUGAAACAACAACGCCAGUGCGGCCGAGAAUCGGCUCCCCGACGGCCAACGUUCGGUAAUCGGUGCCGUAUUACAUCCAGAGUGGACAGGAGCAGCGAGAGUAACCGUGAUAACCAGAGAUCGUGUGAUAACAUCGUGGUGAUAUACGUCGUCGGUUUCGUACACAGCAGUUAUUUGCUUCGGGAACAGCGUGAUCGUGAAUAUCAUUGUCCGUCGGGAAAUCCGAGCAAUCUCCGAGUUUCGUGUCUCGCAUACCGUGUGAAGUUCCAUCCGACUCGCAUCCAGCGAUUAACACCGAACAAAGCUCCAUCUUGCCUGAUCGUACUCGAUCGAGAUAUCGAAGAGAUCGAAUCCGGAGGAAGCGGUAUCCGUGGUGCAUCAGACAGAGAGAGAGAGAGAGAAUACAUGAGCGACCACGUGGUCGGAAAAGCGAGGAAGUGGAGCGUAUAAUGUCGCGAGACUGACGAUACGGAGAGAGGCACGCUCUCUGGCUGUCUGGUCAGCGGAACUUCCGGCGGUGUGACCGCGACGAUGAGGAAGCACGUGUGUCCGGCCGUAGCCGUGGUCCUGCUGCAGCGUUCAAUCGCGCGUGCCGAGCUCUGCUGACGCUCGCUUCGAUUUCUCGCCGUCACACAGCGUGUCUCGUGUCGCCGGUCGACUCGGAUCCGGGGAUCGUCGAGGACCGACGGAGCCAGCACGCUUCAGUAGCGUCCCAAGCGUGGUAGAACAGUCGCGAGAGCGUCGAGGUCCAGAGGCCCGUUUUCUCGCGGACCGUCGGCUGCGAGAGUGCAGAGACCAUCGUUGUUGUUGCCGACCACCACCACCGUCCUUCCACCGCGAGCAACGCGAGCAACCAGGAGAGCUCUCGAUCGCGAAGAGGAGAAGAAGAGACGUUAGGCUCGGCGACGGCAUCGCUUCCGCCGUUUACUCUCUUUCCUAGUUCCGUGCAUUCGACGAGGCGAUAAUCCGCGAGUCCUCUGAGUGUGACGAACGGGAAACGGGCAAACCGAUCGCCGCGAUAAGGCGAAUCGAAAAGUGGGGAAACCAGUGUGUGUGAAGUGUUCGAGGUUACUUGCUUAUACUGUGGGAAAAUACAGCCGCUACGGUGGCUCAGCACGCAGAGUUCCCCGGCGCGACCAGGGCGGCGUUCAUGGCGCAGCCAAGGUACGACGAUGGCGGGGUGCACGGGAGUUACCUCGAGGGCGGAGGUGGCGGCGGUGGCGCAGGACUGUACGAUCCGCACGGGAGCGUGCGGGGUGUUCCAGGCCUCCAUCACAGUCCACACCUCGGGGGUAUGGGGCCUGCACAUCCCCAGUACCCACCGCCCCCGCCGCAGCCGCCCCAGCACGUCCUCGCGGCGGCAGCCGCGGCUGCAGCAUCUGCGGUACCCGAUGUCCACAAACGCGACAAGGACGCGAUCUAUGGACACCCCCUGUUCCCGCUUCUCGCGCUGAUCUUCGAGAAGUGCGAGCUGGCGACGUGUACGCCGCGUGAACCUGGCGUCGCGGGUGGUGACGUGUGUUCGUCAGAGAGCUUCAACGAGGACAUCGCGGUCUUCUCCAAACAGAUCAGACAAGAGAAACCCUACUACAUCGCGGACCCGGAGGUGGACUCGCUGAUGGUACAGGCGAUCCAGGUCCUCCGGUUUCACCUCCUCGAGCUCGAAAAGGUGCACGAACUGUGCGACAACUUCUGCCACCGGUACAUCAGCUGCUUGAAAGGCAAAAUGCCGAUCGACCUAGUGAUCGACGACAGGGAGAGCUCGAAACCGCCCGAGAUCGGGAACGGUUUGGACGGUGGCGGACCUAGGAGCACCGCCGACAGCACCAGCCACACGGACGGAGCCAGCACGCCGGACGUCAGGCCACCCUCCUCGUCGCUCUCGUACCCCGGUGCGGGUGGCAACGACGACGCACGCAGCCCCGGAAGCGGGGGCACGCCAGGACCCCUCAGCCAACAAGCACCCGCCAGUCUCGACUCCUCGGAUCCCGACGUCACGGGUAAAUGGUGUCCGCGUAGGGAAUGGAGUUCGCCGCCGGACGCGCAGCGAGCGGCGAGCGACGCGCGUCGUGGCGUUCUUUACUCUUCCGUCUUCCUCGGUAGCCCCGGUGACGCGAGUAACGCGAGUAUCGGCAGCGGCGAGGGCACCGGUGAGGAAGACGACGAUUCGUCGGGUAAGAAGAACCAGAAGAAGAGGGGCAUCUUCCCCAAAGUGGCGACCAAUAUCCUCAGGGCGUGGCUGUUUCAACACCUCACGCAUCCGUACCCCUCGGAAGACCAGAAGAAGCAGCUUGCUCAGGACACGGGGUUGACGAUCCUUCAGGUUAACAACUGGUUCAUCAACGCGAGGCGUAGAAUCGUGCAACCCAUGAUCGACCAGAGCAAUCGAGCCGUGUUUCCGCCAUUGUCCGCAGGUCCGAGCGGGGCGUACAGUCCGGACGCGACGAUGGGCUACAUGAUGGACGGACAGGCGGCGAGCAUGAUGCACCGGCCGCCCGGUGAUCCCACCUUCCACAAUCAGUACCAUUACCCAGAGUACUAUGGACAUCACAUAUAAAGUAGUCGCAAGUGAAGGUAGACGAUGGAAUGACGGUUCUUGCGGAACGGGAAACGUAGCAGCGUGACGGAAGCAGCGUGCUCCGGUUGGCGUUAGAGCAAGGUGCACGGGGGCAACGAGGAGCGAUUCGUCGCCUGCGGGGCGUGAUCGACGCGGAAGCGAAGAGAGAUUUUUCGCCGGCGUGGCACGUCGAGGCUCGUGGUGCCGGCUGCUCGAGCCAGGAGCGCACGAUGCGGACGGUGGAAGCGGAAAAAGCAGCCGUCGGGCCGGUUCUGGGCUCGGAAACGGAAUGUCGAGGGGAAAUAUCGGUGGUUCGAGUGGAAGGACGAGGCGUUCGUUGGUCGGAGGAGGAACCGGAAGCGGAAGGACUCCGAUGGCGCGAACGAAGGAGGACCGACCUAGGCGUGGAACGCGUGGAACCGGAAGCAAGAUGGCUGGUGCGGAGGAAAGAAGAAGAUGGGUGGAAGCGGCGCGGCUUGGAGAACGAGGAACGAGGAGCCGCGAGAGGAAAUUCAUGUGAUUGUUCUGUGUACAAAUGUCGCGGUGUAAUAUUGUAGUGAUCGAAGAAUUUAAAUGUUAAAUUUUAAUACGGUCGCGAUCGAGCUAUUAUUAAUUAACGAUUAUGUAGAGAGGACGGGGAGAACACGACGAGGUAACCUCGAACACAGAGUGAUAUAGGCAAUUUCUAGCGGGCAUGUGUACAUUAAAAGGGGUGGUUAAAAACGAGGAGAAAAAAAAAAAUAAAGAAAAUGUAAGGAAAGCGGGAGAGGGGGGAACGAGGCGAACCCGGUGCUCGCACGGAUCCGUUUAUGAUAGAUAGAUGUCCACGUGUGCAAGAGGCGACGAAACGAAUGGGAAAUUCUAGUGGCGCGAACCAGGGGGUGAACGUUCGACGAAGAAUUCGAAGAGAUCGAGCAGUAUGUAUGUAUAUAUAUAUACACACAGACAGAGCGCGCGGAAACAGGAACGCAUCCAUGUGUAUAGAUAUAUACGGGUAUAUAAAUAAAUAUAAAUAGAGAAAAGAAUUUUAGAUGCGCGGUGGGUGGCUGGUUUAAAACUGACGAGGAACGAGAAUAGGGGGAUGAUCGGAGACCGGUCGGUUUUUAACGGAUAUGCACGCACGCGCGCGUACAAAGCUAAUUGCAAAUGCGAGGAAAAAUAAAACUGGGUGCGAGGGUAAAGAAGAUAGGAAGUGGGAGAACUAAUGGAACAAAUUUAAGAAUAGAGAACAAAAGAAACGUUUAAAUGAGGGACGACGACGGAGAAAGAAACUUUUAGGACAGAAGAAUGAAAUCGACGCGUGUGCCGGACUCGAGCGUCGACCACAUUCACUUGCAUAUAUAUAUAGGUGACAUUGAAAUUUGUACAGUUAUUAAUUAUAAAUGAAUUUACUAAUUAAAGGAAGAAGUAAUUAUAUAUUAUAAAUAUAUACAUAACUGAAGUAACAUGUGGCCCCCCCCGGUUGUAAUAUAUAUAUACAAGCGAGCGUUUUAAUUGGACUUGGGACGAUAAUUAUUCUCGUGUGUGUUGUGCCGUGUUCGGUGUGCGUACUGGACCGAGGAGACGCGUCGGAAGAGAAAGAAGUGUGAGAGAAAGAGAGUGAGAGAAAGAGAGAGAGAGAGAGAGAGAGAAAGAAAGAGAGAAAGAGAGAAAAAUAAAAGGAGCAAACGAGAGGCAAGAGCGGAGAAGAUACGCUGAAACAGACACGAGGAUGGUGCGCGAGAGUGUGUGAACGCGAGAAAGAUAGUAUACGCGA